AUGUCCCAUCGAAUCCUGAAUUACGAUGAUGGACCAUUGGUCUGGAUUGACUGCGAGAUGACGGGACUCAAUUACGAUACGGAUAGAUUAUUGGAGAUCGCCGUGAUCAUUACGGAUGGUCGUUUAGAGCCGGUGGAUGAGGGGAUAGAGUAUAUCAUACAGACGCCAAAAGAGGUCCUAGACAAGUUGAGUCAGAAGCCGAGCUUCAAUCAUGUCGAUGGGAUGGACGAAUGGUGUACCACGACGCAUGGCGAAUCUGGUCUCACUCAAGCUUGUAUCGACUCUCCUCAUACGCUGGAAGCAGUCUCCCAAACAGUCUUGGAUUAUGUCAAACGUCAUAUCCCAGAUAGAGGCUCUGGGUUGCUCGCAGGAAGCUCGGUUCAUGCUGAUCUACGCUUCCUGUACAAGUACAUGCCUGAUCUCGUGAAACAUCUAUCAUAUCGCAUACUAGAUGUCAGCUCCGUCAAGGAGAUCUGUCGGCGUUGGCAUCCAUCAGUCACAGAGAAGGAACGAGCAGGACGAACCGGCAAAGUUGCGCAUCGCGCUCUCGAUGAUAUCAGAGGAUCUAUCAGAGAGCUCAAAUUCUAUCAAGAGAACAUCUUUAUCCCUCUCGAGCCACCAAAAGACAAGUCAAAACAACAACCCUCCGAGAAAAAUGAGCUAGACGAGCUCGUUGAGACAUUGAACAAAGCCUGGUAG